AUGGAUUUGGCCACGACGGCGGGGGCGUCUGACCCACCAAGCGAAUCGUCGCCGGUCAUGCAGUUCACGACUGUCGAGGCGCUGUUUGAAGAGAUCGAAAAGGUCGAAAAAGUCGAUGGAGAUAUCCUUACUGUUAAGGGUGUUUCGCCGACGGCGUGCACCGCCAUCGACAAGGGGAGAGAGAGGAAGCGGCGACGUAUCAGAUUCCGACGAUAUAUGCCCCAGAAAGGAAUCUUGAUAAUAACAAUCCCGACAGCUGUGCAUGAGCAGCUGCAUUGUGUCCUUGGUGGGGAGGUCGAAAAUCGAAUCUGGACAAUGGGCCUUCGAGACGAAUGGAACACAAUGGCGGCCACCACAUUCCGAUCAUCUGGAGGAGGUGAAGGAGAAGGGGACUGGACAGGUGGCCCACGGCCUCUACGUACGGGUCGAGACAAGUGGCCAACUCUGGUGAUUGAAGCUGGAACCUCAGAGACUCUAGACGAACUGAGAGAGGACAUGAGAUGGUGGUUUUGGGCGUCAAACCAUGAAGUCAAGAUUGCUCUUCUCGCCAAGUUUGAUCGCCGCCACAGACGAAUUCAGCUUGAGAAGUGGAUAGAGGUCCCACUCGGUCCUCGACACGGCGCAACAAACACCCGUAACGACCCUGAACCUGAGCCAGAUUGCCCACAGGGUACGAUAACAAUCACUCGGACUGCCAGAAUCGCCGAUACGGAUCCAGCUCGGCUGAAUCCUGCGUCCUAUAUCGCCACCAGUGGUGCGUUACGACUAGAGUUCAGCCUUCUGUUCUUACGACCUCCAGGGCAUGGUGAGGGUGACAUCGUGAUCGGCGCACAAGAUCUGCAGAGGUUGGCAAUGAGAAUCUGGGAAUGGGUUUAG